CAGUUCAUCCAUCACAACCUUGGCUGAUUGGAAAGACACUUAUCAGCUGCGUGCCGUGUUAUACACCGCGGCUGUGGAAACACUGGGAGUCCGGGACGAACGCCUUCUUGAUAAAUGACAGCUCGUUGGCCAAGUUAACCUACAUCGAAAACAAUGCUAUCAAACGCAAACACUUUACCUAAACUCUACCUCUCCAUCAUCGACGACGUGAUGGAGAGUAUUCGGGAACUAUUCCUCGAAGAAGGGGUGGAAGAACGAGUGCUAGAGGACUUGAGGCAGUUGUGGGAGUCAAAAGUCUUGCAGUCCAAAGCUGUGGAAGGCUUUGCAAAAGACAGCAUCAAUCCAUCGAAUUUUGUUCUGCAGCUGCCUGCAAAUUUUUCUCAAACUCUUCAGAAACCUACAGCUUCAGUCGUCAUUCCUGCUGGACAGCGUGCACAGAGUUUCACUGCAAAAGCAAGCCAUACUGGCACUAUUGCAACAUUUUCCCUUCCACCCGGAGUCACCUAUCCUGUUCAUAUCCCUGCAGGAGUGACCCUACAGACUGCCUCAGGUCAUUUGUACAAGGUCAAUGUUCCUGUAAUGGUGACCCAGGCUCCAAAUCAGCGUGUCUCUGCCCAAGUUAAUAAGCCCCUUGAGGAGCAGAGAAAUAUGACCACCACCAUCACUCAUAAUAUCCCUGCCCAGAUGACUGGCUUGUGUCCCCAAACUCUGCCUGUGCCUCAAGCCUCCCAACCAGUCCUUCCAUCACUCCACCAGAGCCAGCUGCCCCAGCAUCCUAAUAUCCCUCUGGAUCAAAGUAGUCAGCCCCCUGUCCCUGUAACCCCCGAGCCUUCCAUUAAUUACCAGUCCUCGCAGUCACCUCUAGAAAGCCCAAGCGAGUUCACUCUGGACGGCAUCGAGUUUAGCCCCCAGCCAGUGGAUAUGAGUGCGUCCUCGCCACUGUCCACACAGCUGCCUGUGGGUCUGCAGGGAGACUCAGGGAAUGCGCAGGUGUUGGAGUUCGGAGCCAGCGCACAGGAGAUGGUGGAGAGAGCUGUUAAAGCAGAGGAGGAGGCAGCAGCCAUGGCCAGCACUAAUGACACUAUGAGUCUCCUGCCAGACUUGGAAAGAACACCUGACAGUGCACUUAAGCUUGAGAUGGAACUCCUGAGGGACUACAACUUCAAUGAGUUGGCCAGCAUAGUGCAACUUGAUGGCACGUGUGACAGCAGCUCUGAAGCUGGAGAGGAAGAGCAGGAGCAAGAUGAGGAAGAUCAAGGGGCUGUUGGAGAGAACGAGUUUCUGGGCAUCAUUAAUGCAGAGGCUCUGAAAGCUCUUCAGGGUGCUGGAGCCACUACCGACACCAGCGUAAGCUCCUGCAGUGACGUUGAUGAGGCUGAUGUAGAGGAGGUAGAGGAGGAGGAUCCACUGAAUUCUGGUGAUGAUGUGAGUGAGCAGGAUAUUCCAGAGAUCUUUGACACAGAGAACGUCAUUGUUUGCCAGUAUGAUAAGAUUCACCGCAGUAAAAACAGAUGGAAGUUCUACCUGAAAGACGGGAUUAUGUGCUACAGCGGUAAGGACUACGUUUUCUCCAAAGCCGUCGGGGAAGCUGAGUGGUGAGAUGGGACAAAUCAUAACAGCCUUUACAGAAGUGGGUGAAGGAUACAGUAUAUGAUGCUAUCUAAGCAUGAAGAACAUUCCUGUUAGUUGAAAUAUUUUGGUUUUGUAAUUUCACAGCCCUGUUUGCUAGCUUGCAGACUAAUAAAGUCUGCUUUAGAUGCG